ACAAUAAUGUGUUUAAUCACGUUAACGAGGCGUUAUUUAGAUCGUGCAAGAUAUGAGUUCAACAGUUUAUUUAAUCGCAAACAAAUGGAACAUUUAUUACUAACACUAAUUGGGUAGCAUAAUUGCAUGGGCAUUUACGCUGCAAGAACGAUUUACAAGUCUAAAACUGUACACAAUAAAAUACUAACGAAAAGUUGUUACACGCUGACGUUUUACGAAGACAAAACAAUAAUAACAAAUUAAAGAAGAUUUAUUUUUUACCGAUAAUAACUGUAAAAUGUCAAUCGUAUCAAUGGCAAACACACCGAAAGAAGAAUUCUCAAACACAACCGGAAUAACAGAAACAAUAACAUGUCAUAGCAAUGUAUUAGAACAAAUGGUUAAAGAUGUUGGGAAAAAAACACAACCAGAUGAAGAGGCGACUCCACGUGAUCCUCGUGUCGGGGCAGUUACCAAUAUAGACUUAGACGUGGUCAAUCCUAAGCAGCACAUCGGACUGUUUGGUGCGGUGACAUUCGGCAUUGGAAGCAUGAUCGGUUCUGGUAUCUUCAUUUCUCCAAAGGCAUCAUUAGCUUUAGCCGGAUCGCAAGGAAUGAGCCUGGUUAUCUGGUCUCUCUGCGGCCUGAUUGCCUUCAUGAUGGGGCUUGUCUACGCCGAACUGGGAACCAUCAUACCGCGUUCCGGUGGAGACUUCGUCUACAUCCGAAAAGGAUUCGGACCAGUUCCGGCUUUUCUUGCUGUGUGGGUCAAACCUUUGUUCGUGCAAACGUCAGCAACAGCGGUCUUAUCACUGGUGUUUGCGGACUAUUUAUUACCUUUAGUUUAUGGCGCAUGCCCUCCUCCGAAUGUUCUAAGGAAACUAAUAGGCGCAUUGCUGAUAAUAACAAUUGCAAUAUCAAACAUUGUCAGUCCAAAGUUAGGUGUCUUUGUUCAGAUGAUUAGUACUGUUGCCAAAACACUCGCACUGAUUAUCAUUGCCAUAACAGGCAUUGUUUUCAUCUUAAAAGGUCGAACUGAGAAUUUAACAAAUGCGUUUGAUGGUUCGGCUUCAGAAGUGACAUCGUAUUCACUAGCAAUUUAUAGUUGCGCCUUUGCUUAUGGUGGAUACAUCCGCAUCGGUGAAAUAGCUGAUGAAAUAAUCAAUCCACAAAAGAAUAUUCCACGCGCGCUUAUGAUUUCUAUAACAUUGGUGACUGUGAUUUACGUCGUUGUCAAUACAUCAUACUUUGUCCUUUUGCCCAAGCAAGAAUUUUUAGGAUCCCCCGCUGUUGCAUAUGAUUGGGCUUUAAAGUGUAUUCCAUCCGUUGCUAUAUUCGUACCCAUCAGUGUCAUGAUUUCCGUCUACGGAUCAAAUAAUGGCGGAUGUUUUGGAUCAGCAAGAGUCAUGUUUGCGGCCGCCAGAGCAGAACAAUACCCCGAAGCUAUUUCUUUCCUCCAUGCUAAAGACUCUACCCCAAUCAUAUCCUUAGUUUUAUUUCAUAUAAUUUGCAUAAUAAUGUUGAUACCCGGUGAUAUUCAACAGCUUAUUAACUUCCUUAGCUUUAUGAGUUCCUUUGUUACACUUUUGUCGUCUCUUUCACUUUUGCGCCUCAAGUGGUUAUCGAGAAAGGAACCUAAGAAAACAGGAUUUCGUACAAACAUCAUUUUUCCAAUCGUAACAAGUUUAAUUGCAGUGUUUCUCAUAGUCGCACCAUUUAUCAAUUCUCCCAGAAUCGAAUUUCUGUAUAGCGCAUCUUUCGUGUUUGGCGGAUAUUUGCUCUACAUUCCAUUCGUUCAUUUUGGCUGGAAGCUACCAGGAACUGACAGAAUUACGGUCUUCCUGCAAUUGUUAUGUAAUAGUUGCCCGACUGAGAAACUUGCCUAGACAAUUCUUUAAUAAGAAGAUGUUGUAUACGCAAAAUUAUAAGAUGUAUCACUCGUAAUUUAUAGUUCAUUAGCGACAUAGGACCAAGACAUCAUAAGCAAAACAGGUGAAAAAUGCCAAUAUAUACAUGUUGUUCAUCGACGUAACAUGUUUAUUACAGUGUAUGAAUUGAUAAGGGUAAUUGAGUUAAUUUGUUAUAUAUCAAUGUGUUUAGUGUAUAUUUUUACAUUGUCAUGCAUUUUUCAACUUCUUGUUUGAAUGCAGAUUGGUUGCUAAUAAUUGAUAAUAUAGGGGAUUAAAGAGCAUUCGGUAUGGAGAUCACUUAAUAAGAGACAUACACCAAUAUUAUUUCUCCGACUCAAACUGAUAGCGAAUACUUGUUUUUCUUAGUACAGUAUGUUGUGAUAUAUGUAACGAAUUGCGACGGGAAAAGCAAUUCUGCUGAUUAGUACUAUUGCUGAAAACCCAUCACGAAAACGCUUGUUUCUGGAUUAUGGAGAGAGUCUGGCAAUAAUCGAUACACAUUUACAAGGGCUUGCUUUGAAAGCAGUAUAUCAUUUAUCUAUGGCCUUAGAUGUCACUUUGAUAUAUGGUCAAUUAUAUGGUUUGUUAACCCGCCUGUUAAUGUCUGAGAUUUAACGAUCAUAUGAAAAUAGAGGUUACGUUAUGCGAUGUACUGUAAUGUUACGUUAUUUGUAUAUAUGUGAGAUGCUCAGGUCCGCUUUUAUCAUCUCGCUAUAAGAUUUAUAUGAGUAUUCUGUGGCAUUUAUUACAUAGUCAUGUUUGAAUGUUGUAUUUAGUACAUAUGGCUACUAAAUGCAUCUUUUUCUAUAAUUAAUUUGCUAGAAUUUUCGUUGAUAUGAUUUGUUGCAUGCGAAUUCACUUUUAAGUCCGUUGACCUGUGCGCGAAAUGCAAUGGUUCAUAGCGCCUACAUUGUGUCUUUUAAUUCGAAAUGCAUACUGAGCAUGUGAUUAAAUAUACUUUUUUAAAUUCAAUAACAUAUAUUUAUUCCUGUAUUGCAAGACGGACAUCCAAAUAUAUAAACGAUUACAUUUUCUGGAAAAAAAACUUGUUUGCUCUUUUAAUAAAAGUAAAAUUAUA